AUGGAAUGGUCAAGUCCUAUUGAUCUUAUUGAACGAUAUGAACAUUUUUUACAAAUGAACAAAUCUUCAUCCAACGAAGCAUUUUAUAAUUGUACUCUACCAUGGUUCGGACCGCUCUGUCAAUAUAAAUUCAUUGUAAAUCAAUCAUUUCCACAGUUGAUCGAAGCAAUAGAUUAUAGGUAUGGAGACCGAGAUGUAAAUGCAAGUUUUACUUGUUAUAUAUAUUUGAAAUGUAAUCGUGGUUCACCUUAUAUUUGUCUCGAUUGGCGUGAAGUAUGCGAUGGAAAAGUCGAUUGUGUCGAUGGUGGAGAAGAUGAAAAAUAUUGUCUCGAACUUGAAUUAAACAUAUGUGAAGAAAACGAAUAUCAAUGUCGAAAUGGAAUUUGUGUCGAUAAAGUGUUUCUAUUAGAUGAACCGAAUAGUUUCAUCAGUCCAGAGUGUUUAGAUAGAUCGGAUGAACGUAUAAACAAAGAAGUAAGUCCAUGUAAAUUUAUUCCACUUUUUAGGUGCGAAGAUAUCAUGUCUCGAUCCAUUUCUGAUUUUACUUGUGGAGAUGGCCAUGAGCUUUGGUAUAGUAUACCACACAAGGAAGCUUCCUGUAAAAAUAAGCGAGAUCAAGUAUUGAACUUCCUAAUCGAUUGGCACAAUAAUGAAGACACACGAUUUCCUCGGUGUUUCAAGAUUCUCAUAUGUACGUCGGUUAUGUUUUCAUCGAAGGAAUUUGAUGAGUAUUGCAAACACUUAUGUGAGAAUAAGGAAGAAUGUAAAAUACAAAUUAUUCAGUCGUGUCCAGCUGCAUUCAUUGCACCUACUAUACCCGUGUGGGAUGGUCAUGUCAGAUUAGGAUACUUUUCUAAUCAAACAUUUAGCAAAAGUAAUUUGGGCACACCUAAUUUUAUCUGUUAUGACAAAAAACGUUGUCCAUUUUUUAUACCAACACUGACAGUGGAAAAUUAUACAUGUAUACAUAUGAAUGCUUUGAAUUUCUCAUCAUAUAGCCAACUUUACAAGCCAUUUAUUUCAUGCAAUCAAUUCUUUGAAAGUAUGAAUGACACUCACUGUCUAUAUCCGACUAUGUUACGUUGUUUGGGAACAAGUAAAUGCAUUUCUAAGCGUCAAAUUAUGGAUGGCAUUUCGGAUUGUUACGACAAUUUCGAUGAAUCACUCUCAGCUAAUUCAUGUGCAUUGAAUGAUACAGAUCGCUUUCAAUGUAUAUCGGAACAAAAAUGUCUUCGACCUACUCUCGUGAAUGAUCGAACGGCACACUGUGUGGACAAAGAGGAUGAGUUUGUUCAAGAUAUUAUCAUAACUGAUAUUCGUCAACUUCCUUUUUCUGCUAUUUGUGAUAAUUGGAUUGAUAUGUUGAAUUUAACAAAUGAAACUGAUGAAACUCAUUGUGGUGAACAGUGGCAAUGUGUCAACCAAUAUACACGCUGUAAUUCAGUAUGGAAUUGCCCAAAAGGCAUUGAUGAAAUUAACUGUUCAUCAAGUUUUCGGUGUCCUGCAAAUCAUCAUCCUUGUCUCACUGGAAAGAAUGAGACAAUGAGUUGUUUACAUAUGAGAUAUGCUGAAGAUGGAAUUGUCGAUUGUCUUGGAGCAACUGAUGAGCGAUCUUAUUGUAGAUCAUUAUAUCCGAAAGAUAGUCUCAAAAGUUAUCGCUGUUGGAAUGACACCAAAUGUGUUCACGUUUCUAAUCGCUGUAGACUUUGCAAAAAUGUUGACGACAUUGAUUUAUGUGAUCACCCUUUUGAAGAAAUUCUGGAUAUUACUACUUAUCUAGAAUAUGCACAAAACAUUUGGUUUUAUACUAAAAUGUCGUUCUCGCAUAAAUCUUCACUUAAUUUUCCUCGUAUGCAAUUACCAUCACCUGUUCAAAAACAUAAGCAACAUCGUAUAAUAGACAAUAUGGAAAUGAAUGUUGCUAAAUAUCAAGAUGAUCCUCGUGCAUGGUUAUGCCAUCGAGGUGUUGUAAUUCUUGUUAAUAAGGAUGAAACAGUACAUUGUCUUUGUUCAUCACAUUAUUAUGGGAAUUUUUGUCAAUUUCAAAAUCAACGCGUUACUUUUACUAUUCGAAUACGUCAAGAAAACUUAGAAAAAUUUCAUGUGAUUGGUAUUGUUAUUAGACUUGUUGAUCAUAUUGGUCUUGUUCAUUCAUAUGAACAAGUUACAUACGUUCCUGUAAUUAAUUGUGAUACUAAAUACAAUUUACAUCUUCUUUAUCAAGAUCGACCGAAGAAUAUGUCAAAGAAUUAUUCAGUCUAUAUCGAUGCAUAUAAUAAAAGAAAUCUUACUUAUAUGACCAGUUGGAUAUUUCCAGUUCAAUUUCUUUUUAUGCCUAUCAAUCGUAUGAGUGCUCUACUAACAAUUCCAACAUAUCAAGGUUGUCAUUUAUUAUGCAGUGACAAAUAUCUUGAAUCAUUAAGAAAUAUUAACACUGAUUCUUGUCGAUGUCAUUCAGAUCGAAUGAUUCAAGAUAAAUGUAAUUGUUCACCAGAUUCAAUCUGUAUUGGUUUCAUCAAUAAUCGAUCAAUUUGUCUUUGUUCUUUAACAAAAGUUGGUCCUCGAUGUUAUCUUAAUUCAAUUUGUCAAAUGGAUACCUGUGAGAAUAAAGGUAUUUGUGUGCCAUCUGAUCCUCGAAUUUCUUCGACAAAUUUCACAUGUGUCUGUCCAGAGGGAUUUUUUGGCGACAAUUGCGAAGAAAAAGAUGUAAAAAUUGACAUGUCAUUUUCUGAUGUAGAACUUACACAAUUUAUAUUGAUUCACUUCAUCAAAGUGGCAAAACGUCAUGAUUUGAGUACAGAUCCAGCGCCCAGUCGAAUAACUAUGUUCAAGAAAAUCCCAUUUAAUCAAAAGAUAAUCACAUUUCAUAUGGCAUCGGAUUUUCAUCUUGUCUUUGUUCAACUUAAGUAUGUUUAUUAUUUGAUUGUACUUCAACAUGAAUAUACACCUUCAAUUGUUAUUUCUACACAACUUUCUUCGUCACAACGUUGUCCACACAUUCGGGAACUUCUUGAUGAAGUCAUUGUUGGUUAUCCGAUUCUUCAUCGUGUAAAAUACUAUCAUACGGUAUGUAAAAACCAUUCUCAUCUGAUGUGUUUCCAUGAUAAUGAGACAUUUAUGUGUCUGUGUACACAAGAAAGACAUGCAAAUUGUUUUCAUUUUAAUUUUAAUAUGACUUACGAUUGUUUGGGUUACAAUGAUUGUCAAAAUGGAGCACAAUGCUUUCAAGAUCAUCCCCAUUGUCCAACAAAAACUAUAUGUAAUUGUCAAGAAUGUUUUUAUGGUGACAAAUGUCAGUUCACUACCAAACAUUCUGGUCUUUCACUUGAUUCUAUUUUGGGUUAUCAUAUUCAACCAUAUCUAUCGAUAAAUCAACAAUCUUUACCUGUCAAAAUCAGUAUAACAUUAGCAACAUUAAUAUUAAUUAUUGGUCUCAUUAGUGGUAUUCUGUCAAAUCUGACAUUCCAGAUAAAAUCAAUACGAGAAAUAGGUUGUGGUCUUUAUCUAUUUGCGUCAUCAAUAACAUCGAUUUUGAUAAUCAUUUUUUUAAAUAUUAAAUUAUGGUUUCUUAUUCUUUCUCAAAUGAAUAUUAUUACUAGUCGAUCUUUCCUCUGGUUUAAUUGUCGUUCAAAUGAAUAUCUACUUCGACUUCUAUUAGCCACCAAUGAUUGGUUACAUGCUUGUGUGACAGUCGAACGAUUUCUUGUUGUUUUCUUAGGCAUUGGUUUCAAUAAGGCAACCAGCAAAAAAUAUGCAAAACGAAUGAUAUGGGUCAUUGUUCUAUUAGUUGCUGCAUCUAUUCUUCAUGAUCCAAUUCAUCGUCGUCUAUUCGAUGAUAUCGAAGAAGAAAGAACGUGGUGUAUGCUUCAUAUUUCUCCACAACUCGAAAUUUAUGAUAGAUUUAUCAAUAUUCUUCAUUUUCUUGUUCCUUUUUCCCUCAAUUUUAUCUUGGCCAUUGGUAUUAUUUUUUAUGCUGCGAAACAACGUUCAUCCAUAGAAAAGAAAGGCACUUUUCGAAAGCAAUUAAAAAAACAAUUUUCUCGUCACAAACAUCUCAUUCUUAGUUCAAUUCUUUUGGUAAUCUUAGCUGUUCCUCGUUUGAUUAUUUCAUUCUUACCUAAUUGUAUGAAAUCACCAAAAGAAUAUAAGCUGUUCUUGGCUGGUUACUUCGUUUCAUUUAUUCCGCCGAUACUUCAUUUUUUUAUUUUUGUAUUAACGUCACAAAUAUAUAAGAAAGAAUUCGAUAUACUGACAACACGAAAAUGGAAAGCAUUUCGACGUCGUUUAUAUCCAAAUGAUGAAUUAUCAAGAAGAAAUUAA